AUGACGGAUUGUGCAGCAAAGCUUAAAGAGUUUACAGCAGAGGACUUGAAAGCAUGCACCAAUGGUUUUCACCAGAACAACCUGAUUGGAGCUACUCAGUUUGGCAAAUUAUAUAGAGGACAGAUUAAGCUAGGGUUUAUUGGAACAGAUCAAGCUCGAGCCGUUACAGUCAAAAUAUGGGAUGAGAAGUCAAGGUGCAUAACAUCCAUACAUGAUGAGUUUCUGAUGGUUAAGGAAGAAGUUCAAUUUUUAACACAUCCAAGUAUAAAUGGUCAUCCAAACUUGGUGAAAUUGAUUGGUUAUUGCUGUGAAAAGGAAGUCAAGGCUGUUGUCUAUGACCUCAAUCCAUGGGAUACUCUGCAUAAUUUGACAGUGAAAGAUUAUCUCAACUGGGUUCAGAGGCUCAAUGUGCUUCUCCAAUUUGCACGCCUCCUUGAAUUUCUACACCUCCAGGACAAGCCAUAUUUGGUGUUGAACAUCAAUGCAUCUCAUAUAAUGCUGGAUUGGGAUUGCAGGCCAAAAUUAUUUGAUUUUGGACACAUUACUGGAGGAAUCAUUGGUGAAAUGACCACACUAAAAAAGCAGAUACCAAUCUCCAUUGGCUUUGUUGAUCCAUUUUUCAUUGCAAAAGGUGGUAGUUUUUGGCACACAAGCUGUGAUGUGUUUUCAUUUGGUGUGAUUCUCUUAGGCCUAAUAGCCAAGAGAGGCCUUGAGCCAGUGUGUGUGGAAAAGCCCCACUUGGGACUGGACUGUUUAGUACAGUACUGGGCCAAAAAGGAAUAUAAGCCCAAUGGGUCACUUGUCCACAGGAGCUUGCAGGAAGACUGGGGUUACGUUGAUGAAGAUGGUCUUGCAAUUACAGAGCUGGAAAUGCGUUGUGUUGAAUUCUUCCCAAGAAACCGCCCUACAAUUAAGACAGCUGUUGAGCUUCUUGAGGGUUUACUGGUUUUUCAACGCUUUGGUGAUGCCAGGCCUAACAAAAGAGAAAAGAAAUUUCACGGCAUUGGCAACCAUGCAGGAGGCACAUGA